AAUUAAUUACAUUAACUUAAACUUAAUUCUAAAACACUAAAUUAACUGAUUAACGUAAAAUAGCACCGCUGAGAUUUGAUUAUAAGGCAUAAAAUAGAGAAGCGUGAAAUUUUUUCUAUAAUCAAUUAUAAUUAGAAAUUUCUCAGUUAAAAACACAUAAAAUGAGUGAAUACAGUGAUCUGGAUCGUCAGAUAGAACAGUUGAAGAGAUGUGAAAUCAUUAAGGAGAACGAGGUUAAAGCAUUAUGUGCAAAAGCUCGCGAAAUUUUGGUUGAGGAAGGAAAUGUUCAGAGGGUGGAUAGUCCAGUUACAGUUUGUGGUGAUAUUCAUGGACAAUUUUACGAUCUCAAAGAGCUGUUUAAAGUCGGUGGAGAUGUUCCCGAGACUAAUUACUUAUUUAUGGGAGACUUUGUCGAUAGAGGAUAUUAUUCAGUAGAAACAUUCUUACUACUUUUGGCGCUUAAGGUGCGCUAUCCAGACCGCAUAACGCUCAUUCGUGGUAAUCAUGAGUCGCGUCAGAUCACUCAAGUGUACGGGUUUUAUGACGAAUGUUUAAGGAAAUAUGGAUCAAUAACUGUUUGGCGUUACUGCACAGAAGUAUUUGACUAUCUCAGUUUAUCGGCUAUAAUUGACGGAAAGAUAUUCUGUGUUCAUGGCGGUUUGAGUCCUUCAAUUCAGUAUUUAGAUCAGAUCAGAUCUAUCGAUAGAAAACAGGAAGUUCCACAUGACGGUCCAAUGUGUGAUUUAUUAUGGAGUGAUCCAGAAGACACACAUGGAUGGGGUGUAUCGCCCAGAGGAGCUGGCUAUUUGUUUGGAUCUGAUGUUGUCGCACAAUUUAAUGCUGCAAAUGAUAUUGAAAUGAUCUGUCGAGCACAUCAACUUGUAAUGGAAGGAUAUAAAUGGCAUUUUAAUGAAACAGUCCUAACAGUUUGGUCAGCGCCUAAUUACUGUUAUCGUUGCGGUAAUGUCGCCGCUAUACUUGAACUGAACGAGAAUCUUCAACGUGACUUUACAAUAUUUGAAGCGGCACCACAAGAAAGUCGAGGAAUCCCGUUGAAGAAACCUCAGGCUGACUACUUUUUAUAAAUAAACUCACAAUUAUUUCGUAUAAACAAAAAAAGAUUGAUAAAUUUUGCAUCCAACAUCCC